GCCUCGUCCUCUUUUGAUUGGUGCUUGGAAAAUCUCUGGUUUUUCAAGAUGCACUGCAUUUAGUUCGCGUGGCACAAAUGGUGAUCCGAAUUUGCACUUUGUGCAAUAAAAAUAACAAAGUCCGAACCCCAGGCAUAGCGGACGACCUAAAUCCAGCGCACCUACUUGUUUCUCCAGACCGUUUUCCUUCCUCUUUCUUACUUUGAAAAGAGAAGUUGGCUAUCAGCAGAUCAUGCGAUAGCAUACACUUUUCUCUAUAGUCAGUUGACUUGUAUAAACCAACUAUUUGCCCACGAAACCGAUGAUAUGGGUAUAAAGUGCAUUUUCCCUGGGGCGCUGAUUCUUUGUGUGAAUGUGGCCAGUAUUGUUCUUAGCAGUGAGCAUGAAGCAGGAGCACUCCCCACACUGUCCCAGCUGCCCUUCCUCACUGUGUGGAAUGCCCCUACAGCCCAGUGUAAGAGCCGCUAUGGGGUGGAUCUGGACCUGGGAGUGUUCAACAUAGUGAGCAAUCAGAACCAGAGCUUCAUGGGUGACAACAUCACCAUCUUCUACAAUACUAAACUGGGUCUGUACCCAAGAUACAACCAAGGAGAGGCAGUUAACGGCGGGGUGCCACAGAAUUCCAGCCUGCUGGAGCACCUGAGGGCUACCUCUGAGGACCUCCGGACCUACAUGCCUGACAGAGACUUCCAAGGGCUGGCUGUGGUGGACUGGGAGAGCUGGAGACCACUCUGGGAGCGCAACUGGGAAGGCAUGAAGGUUUACUGGGAGGGGUCCAGGGCCCUAGUGAGGUCCAAGCACCCAGACUGGAGCCCUGCUCAGGUGGAGGUGGUGGCCCGCAAGGAGUUUGAGGAUGCAGCACGGGCGUUCAUGGAGGGCACCCUAAGGUUGGGGGAGCAGGAGAGACCCAAGGGGAUGUGGGGCUUUUAUGGCUUCCCCUCCUGCUAUAACUACUACAAAAACACAACAUAUAACUACACAGGGGAGUGUCCUCAGAUAGAGUUGAAGAGGAAUGAUGAUCUGUUCUGGCUGUGGAACGUCUCCUCUGCCCUCUACCCAGAUAUCUACCUGGAUCUUGGGAUGCGUGGUCUUGGCAACGGCAUCCUCCUCUACACACACCACCGUGUCAUGGAAGCCAUGAGAGUGGGCGCGCAGGUAACCCCCAUGGUCCCCCCUGUGUUUCCGUACGCCCGCAUUGUCUACACUUACUCUCUGGAGUUCCUCUCUCAGGAGGUCCUUGUCCACACGAUUGGAGAGAGUGCUGCUUUAGGAUCUGCAGGGAUCGUACUGUGGGGAGACAAUGCCUACUCCAAAUCUAAGGCGAAUUGUGAGGCAAUCAAAGACUACCUGGAUGAAACCCUGGGCCGUUACUUGGUGAAUGUGACCACAGCAGCUACUCUGUGUAGCAGGACGGUGUGCUCCUCUCAGGGCCGAUGCCAGAGGAAAGACAAAGUCUCCCGUGCCUACCUCCACCUGGACCCCAGUGCCUGGACUGUGGUGCCUGAGAAGAGGCCAGAGGGAGGGCAACGCUACAGGGUGCUGGGCCAACUGAAGCCACGUGAGGCUGUGUACAUACAGACCCACUUCCAGUGCCAAUGCUAUCCUGGCUGGGGAGGUAAACACUGCUCCAAGCCCCUGUAAUUCUGAUCGAGACAAUCCCCUUGUGUUUAAAGGAGCAUCGGUUACAUUACGUUACUCUACAUUACAUUACGUUAGCCCACUCUGAUUACUGUACUCACUCUUAUGGGACACAUUAUACCCAGUCCUGAGCCAAUAGAGUAUAGAAGUAUAACAAUUAUACCCAGCGUUGUUGCAUUCGUGACCCUCAUUCAGACUCCCCCUGCUCAACACCAAUCUGCCUCUGACCACUCCAAAUAGGUGGGUUACAUGUUACCAGUUGGAUGAGUUUACUAGUGAGGGAUGAAGUGAUAUGAUAUUAUGAACAGUUUAUUUGUAGAUCACUGAGAAAGCUAGGAAUAAACCAUAGUUGACAUUGACAUUUAAGCACAUGUCUCUUUAGAAAAUAGUUUCCAGACAUUUUACAAAAGUAGAAAUGUAAUCUUGUUAAAUUACAGUUUAUGACCUGGGAUUAUUCCUAUUGGUUUCAAACACGUCACAGAAAAUCAGUGGUUAAGCUUGAAUCCUUAGUUGAAACAAUAACAAAGGGGUCAUUCCGCCUCUGUUUCGGUAUUAAGCUGAGGGAUGGGCCUUUUAGAAGUGUAACCAUUCUCAAAUUUAUAGACAGAGCUAUGGAUGCACGGACUGACCAUCCAUAAAAUCAAAAUGAUAGUUUUAACCAUGUUUUUGAUGCUAUACAGUGUUUACACUGUUUACCAACAUUGGAGUAAAACAACAUAUUUUGAGUUCUGAUGGGGUAUGCGAGUUGAGCUAAGCUCACGAUGCAUUUACACGUUAUAUUCUUCAAGAAUCAAUGGGUAUAUAUCAUUCAUUAGUCCAACAAUGGAUGUAGCAACUAAGGAUUCUAGCUUUAAAAUAAUGCUUCAUUUCGGGACUUUUAAGUUUUUAAAGCUAUUAGAGCUAAGGAGAUCCACACCAACUGGAGUGGUGCUUGACAGUUUCAGCUGUUAGCUAAUGGCAAAGUGAUUCUUGAGCACCACAAAUGUACUCAGAAAUGGACUAGAACCCCGUGGGCGCAUAUGUGACUCAUUAGAAAUGUGAUGUAAUGUACUCAUGAUUGAUACUGUAUGGAUGAAUGUAUUGUCUACCAGAUACUUCAACUGAAAUGUUUUUGAAUUUUACAUUCAAUAAAUGAUUUCACUGG